GCUCAGUAUGAUGUUCUCUGGACCAUCUUCUCAGAGAUGACAUCAAAGGAUGCAGGAUGUGUAACACAAGUUCUUGUGGAGUGUGAAUGGGAGGGGGUGGAGAUGAUGCUAGAAGUACCACAUGGUGCCAAGUGCCAACUGAGUGUGAAGGCUGCACCAGGGGACAACAGAAUUGCCAGUUAUUCAAUGUACCAAGAAUUACAGUUGUUAAAGGGCUUCAUAACAGGAAUUGAGAAAGGGGAGGUGAUGUGGACGAGAAGUUCUGAUGAGGGGUCAACUUUUUUCCAAAAACUAGAGCAACUGCUUGUAGAUGAGGGAAGCAGUGGAAGUAUAGGCAGAGUUGCAGAACUCAAGAAAUUGGAAGAGGUAGACGAGGAACUAUGCGAGUCUCCUUUGCAACAGAAGUUUGUUCCAGCACGUAAUGACCUGGAUUUUACCGAGAGGCUAUGGAACCAUUUAAAGAAUGCUAGUUCCCUUCAAGACUUAAAGAUGGCACUGCAGACUGUGAUGCAGACACUGAAGACAGGAGAUUUUUAUCCUGUUGUACAUGUACAUAAUGAAUCAAGGCUAGCAAGUCAGAUCCGUGCUAGCUAUCAGCAGCAAACACCUGUGCUCAACUUAGAGGGUGUAGAGCCCUUAGAGAUAAUGAUUGAGUUGGGACUAGAAAAACUCAGAAGAGAUUAUACUGACUUCUUCAUUAGACAAGAGUUGGUGCUUCAUCAACAAUUACACUUCUUUGUGCAAAGCGGAUUGACAACUGAAGAGAAAAUAGAAAGAUUAUGUCGAAUGCAUAACGUUUUAGAGCUUUUGGUGGUCACUGCGAUGCUGAAUCUACCAUUGGAAAGCCAACAGGCAUUAUGCAGACUUGGCUUGAAGCAUUACGAGAAGUAUUCUAGCGACAAUAACCGUACGUUCCAGUUACCUGUUGACGCAAGCAAUCUCUACGGGAUUUACUCUACAUGCCAGCCAUGUUUAUGGAGUAUAGAUAUUACACCUGAUGCUUCAAGUGUAUCAUCUGCCUUGUUUCAACUUACCAUGAACCCACCAUUUACAGCUCUGCUAUCUACAACAGAAGACAGUCAGAUGGAUAUGAAUGAAGACGGUCUGACUUAUUAUUCAACGCAUGUGCAGAGAGAUUGCUUGGAAUCAAUGUAAAACUGUCCUAAAGGAUGGGAGAGUACAUAGAAGACUGUGAUUGAAAUUGCUUGGGAUAAUACUAUAAAACCUCGAAUUGAAGCCCUGGGCUUCUUUAUUUUUAGCAAAAUUUGGAUGGACUGUUUUUUUUUUUGAGAGAGGGCUUCUUUUUGAGGCUACUAUUGCAAAGUAAAGAUGGGGGUUUCUU